CCCCCUCACGGAAAACUGUGGUAACUGUGGUGGACAGCUGCAGAUAUGCGAGGCGCAGAAAAACGAGGGAAAUGUAGGGACGACGCCUGGGAGGGGAGACGCCGCGCACAGUAACCCCCCCCCCCCCCUGGGAUGCUCCUAGACGCACGGCGACGCCGCCUUCGCUGCGCACUUUGGACGAGAAAACGCGGAGCGAGCUCGGAUCGCGCAUUGAUCCGACGACGGGGAGCGGGAGGGGUCCAUCAUGGGGAACGAAGCGAGCCUGGAAGGAGGCGAGGGGCCGCCGUCCGGGCUACCGGAGGGGCUGGCACCGGACGGCAAGGGCGGCUUCGUCCGCGUCACCGACGGGACCCCCGUCGACCUGAGCGCGCUCAGCGCGGAGGAGCGGCGGCAGCUCGCCGCGGCGGCGUCAAGGGCGCAGGGCAGGCAGCCCGGAGGCGCGGCGCCCGCACGAAGACCUUCAGAAUCUGAUGCUCAGCAGCGAUCGCAGCAGGCAGGGGCCUCCAGGGGCCCGCCAGGUCUCAGUAAGAGUCGAACUGUAGACGCCUUUAACCAGGGUCCCCCCAGCAAGCCCUCACCUGGACGCAGCCCUUCAUCCCUCAGUCUCUUUGAAUCACGAUUCCGGCAGGAGCCAAAAGACCCAGAGACCAAAUCAUCCGGCAUGUUUGGCUCCAGCUUCCUCAGCGGGGCCAACCCCCUCAGUGCCAUGUCAUCCAUGACUUCCUCUGUCUCCUCGUCCAUCUCCUCUAUGGGCGAUGUCAACAUACCCAAGUUUGGAAUUUUUGGGGAUGAGGAGGAAGGCGAUGCAUCCGCAAAACCUGAGCCCAAGCAGGGAGGAAAGCCUCCAGGCAAGGGCCCCCAGCAAGGGCCAGGUCCAAGGGGACCACAACAGGGACCCCAGAAACAGAGUCAGGGACCACCAGGGCAGGGCCCAAAGCCAGGACCAGGACCCUCUGGACAGGGACCCAGACAGGGCCAGGGGCCUAAACCAGGCCAGGGUCUUCCUGGGCAGCAGGCCCCCAGACCAGGUCAAGGACCACCAGGCCCUGGAGUCAAACAGGGUGCCCCUCAACAACAAGGACCUGGGAAGCCUGGACCCCAACAGCAAGGGCCACUGGGCCCUGCAGCUCAGCUAGGGGAGCCAGCUAAGAGUGGAGCUGGGAAGCCUGGACUUUGUCCGCUGUGUAAGACCACCCAGCUGAACACCAGCUCGAAGGAACCGCCCAAUUACAACAACUGCACUGAGUGUAAGAACCAGGUGUGCAGCCUCUGUGGGUUCAGCCCUCCUGACUCAGCGUGCAAAUGUAGCUGUAGCCCGUUAGCCUCAGAGCCUGGCAGAGAUGGGGCUGCUGAUGAGGGUGGCACACGAAGCGGGGGACAGAGGGACCAUAUGGGCCCAGAGAGUGUUGCUCAAGGUGACUCAUGUCACGGCCACGGGAAGAUGCUGUGCCAGGCAGCGGGGACACUCUCACGGACGGGUAAAGAGUGGCUGUGUCUCAACUGCCAGAUGCAGCGAGCGAUGGGAGGCAUGGACCCCCCUGGCAUGGGGAAGCCCAAACAAGGCUCGGCCCCGCCCUCACCUCAGAGGCAGGCAUCUGGCAAGCCUGGCAAGCUGCUGAUCAAGCAGCAGAGCACCACCGACCAAGGCUUGACCCCGCCGACCACACCUAGGCAGAAAUCCCCCGGUCCCACGUCUCCAGGGCCACUGUCUCCGGGCUCCUCUGUGGGCGGAUCGCCCAAAAUCGACCCUAAGACGGGCCGCCCCAUGCAGCAGAAGUCCAGCCCCCAGCCGUCUCCAGCUAAGGCCAAGCAGGAAUCCAGCUUCUUCGGAGGGUUAGGAGGUAUCAGUCUGGGAGGUUUGACAGAUGCAGCCAAGCCUCCUGCAGCUGCUUCACAGGCUGAGUCUGUUACGGGGAAGCUGUUCGGGGGGUUCGGCAGCUUGAUGGAAUCAUCAAAACCUCCAGCUCAAGCGGCGCCGAAGCAGGAGGAGUCGGUGGCGGGAAAGUUGUUUGGAGGCUUCGGGGGUUUGACGGAAUCGGCGAAACCUCCCGCUUCUACCUCCCAGAUGUUCAGCUUCGGCUCGUCGCUCCUGAGCUCGGCCACCAACAUCGUCACCGGGGAGGACGCCAAGCAAGCGAGCUCUCCGCCGGCGUCGCCGCCGGACUCCCCCGCCGACUCGGGCCCCGGCUCACCCCCCGACUCCCCGUUCUCCGCCCCCGGCUCUCCUCCCGAUUCAGACUCGGCUCCUGACAGUCCGCCCGCCAAGUCCGAGAAACCCACCGGGGGCGUUUUUGGGGAUGACAAGGUCCCAGCGGGGGAACCGGCGCCUGCCGCGACCGCCGGGGGAAGCUGCCCUCUUUGCAACACGGAGCUGAACGUUGGAUCGGCGGACGCGCCCAACUACAGCCUCUGCACUGAGUGCAAGAAGACAGUGUGCAACCUGUGUGGGUUCAACCCCACUCCCCACUUAGGAGAGAAAGAAUGGCUUUGCCUCAACUGCCAGACUCAGAGGGCAAAAUCUGGGCAGCUGGGAGACGUGCCGCCUCCUGCUACGGCUUCUCCAAAGAAGCAACCUGCUCCUCCUCCUGCUCCCUCCUCCACCCCUGCCUAUGCUGCUGUAGAUAGCAAACCUGUAGUAGAAGCAGCAGACCCGACCCCCGCACCUCCCGAAACCAAGGUGAAAGCCGAGACCUUGAAGGAGCCUGGGGAAAAAGAAACCGCCAAAAAGGAGGCCAGUCCCACCAGCCCGUCAGACCUAGCCAAGCUGGAAAGCACAGUGCUUCCCAUUCUGGAGGCCCAGACAGGCGCACAACCCAAGGAUGAGCAGGAGAAACUAACAGACACCCUGAAGACCAGGCGUAAAUUAGAGGUGCUUCCUCUUUCACCUGACUCACCAAGCUCAGAGGAUGAUAGAGAACUUUCUGAGAGGAACACUAAUGGUACCAUGAAGAAGAAGCUCCUUGUGCCCAUGGAUGUUAGAGGAGAUUCCUUGGAUGAUAGCAGUGAAAGCUUUAGCAAGGAGAGCCCAAUGUCUGGGGAUGAUGAGGAAUUUAUUCGAAAACAGAUUAUAGAAAUGAGUGAAAAUGAGGAUGCGUCUCCAUCUGAUGAGGAAAAUCUAGUCCGGAAAAAGAUCAGAGAGAAUGAGAGGAAACAAACAGAGCCCAAGAAACCAGAUGGUAUAGAGAAGAGCUCAUCUGGGAAGGUCAGACGACUUACUAAGAAAAGCACCAUCAGUCCAGAUGAUGAGGACGACAAGCAAUUACAUGGAACCCUGGAUAAACCCAGUCUAGACAAAGAGCAAGUACCAGAACCAAAAGAAGACGGGCUUCAGAGUGGUCCAGCUGUUCGCAAAUUCCCAGCUAUGGAGCUUAAUGCAACCAGCACCCCUGUACGGAUCCUUAAUGAUGAUGGAGAGCCCGAAAUGGAAUGCCUGACUGACUCUCCAGAUGAUCGGUCUAGAGGCGACGGGUCGUCCAGUCUACACGCAUCCAGCUUCACCCCUGGGACAUCGCCAACAUCCCUGUCUUCACUGGAUGAAGACAGUGACAGUAGUAGUCCCAGCCAGAUUCACUCUGGUGAAGGCAAACAACACAGGAAAGCCAAACACAGACAACCUGGUCAAAUGCUGCCAACCAUUGAGGACUCGUCUGAGGAAGACGAGUUAAGGGAGGAGGAGGAGCUGCUCAGGGAGCAAGAAAAACAAAAGGGCUCUGGGAAAAAGUCCAAAAAAGACAAAGAAGAAAUUCGAGCCCAGAGGAGACGUGAACGUCCAAAGACCCCACCAAGCAACCUUUCCCCUAUUGAAGAUGCCUCACCGACUGAAGAGCUGAGGCAAGAAGCUGAAAUGGAGGAGAUCAGGCGAUCAUCCUGCUCUGAUUUCUCCCCCACUAUUGAAUCAGAUCCUGAGGGGUUUGAAAUCCACGCCUUAAAGAUUGCAGCGGUCCAGAAGACAUAUCAGCUACCUACAUCCGUGUCUCUUCACUCACCAACAGAUGAUCAAAUUACAGAUGAGCCUCAGAAAAAAAGCCUGAAGUCUGCUGAUGAGGCCUAUGAGGAAAUAAUGCUGAGGGCCAAGUCCCCAACGGUUGAGAAAGCUGAGGUUCAUUCAGGAAAAGAGUCUCUUUAUGGAGGUGUGCUCAUUGAAGACUAUGCGUAUGGAUCCCUCGUUGACAACUCAACAGCUGAUCUGGGAGAGUCGGAAAAGAUUGUUGUUCCUGCUCAACCCAAGAAGCUAAGAUCACCAGAUGAAGUUUAUGAAGACAUGAUAAAGAAGAGGAAGGAGUUCAUGCAGCUAGAGCAGGAAUAUCAAAAGAUGCAGCCCAAAAAGGAGAGCCCCAACCCAGAAAUUGUCUUAGAGCCUGCUGAGAACAACUUCUCCAAAUGCAGCACAGUUACACUGGGCAAAGAUGGGAAACCACUGCUCGAUGCGGAAUCUGCCUAUGAAGAGCUCAUGAAAAGAGUGCUGACUCCUGGGACAAGUCCGACUCAGCACGAGCCUGAAGUGGAAGGCACUGCUCCUAGAAGGGCGCUGCACCCAAUCCCAGACCUGAAGGUGACACAGUGCUCUUCUGGGGAGUUGUCCUCUGAUGACGAGAGUAUAACGAAGAAGGAGGAGACGACAACUGCAGAGUCAGAGAAGGUAUCGACUACGGAAACAGAGCCUGACAUUGCUCUAUCGUCCACAUCAGAUCAGCAGCCCCAGCCCACUCUUCCAGCAUCCCAGGCUGAUAUUGUGGACCUAUCUAACACACUGCCCAUGACACCACCCCCCAUCAUUGGCAGUGUAUCACCCUUACCCACAGUGCCCCAGUAUACCUCCACCAUCCCUAGUGUAGUGUCCACUGCCCCACCUGUUCCACCCAAGCCAAGUGUCCUGCGAAGGGCAAACUCUCAGGAAAAAGCAGAAGUACCUGUUUCACCACCACUGCCUCCCCCCACCCCACCCAAACCCACCGUUUUUCCCAGGAAACCUCCGGUUCCACUUCCACCUCAGGCAACAGCGACAACAAUCAGAGCAGAGACAGGGGUUACGACUGCAGCACAAGGAACGUGUGCAAGACAAGCAGUCACGCCAACCUACAAACCUCAUGUUCCCCCUCCUGUUCCCCCAAAGCCAUCUAUCUCUGCUGGGAUUGGGGACAGUCACAGACCAGGACAUGGUGUCAAACCACCAAUUGCACCCAAGCCUGGUUCACAGCCUUCUUCACCUGCUCAUGCCCCACAUCCAUCAAGACCCACUGUACUUCCCACUGGACCCUCUGACACAGCCCUGAAUCUAAGCCCCUCCUCUGAAAACAAGCCAUUCCAACCAUCACCAAAGUCCCCCUCCUCUCCCAGAUAUGCCAGCAAUCUUCGUGAUACAUAUGUGGUGAUUACACUGCCGUCUCAGCCCAGCUCCCCAGUCGAUGCUGUUUCCACUCAAUCUCCCUCUAGUCCAAGCCCAGUGCAGCCUCCACCUCCGCAUCCACAACCAGUCCCUUCUCAAACAACCAGGGUGCCUCUGGCAUACACGCGUGUCACAGAAUCUAUUGAAAGCCAGGAGAUCCAUGGCCCAGAAAAGCACGUGUCUAGUUCUUGCCACAUAAUUGAGGCUAUAUCUGCCUCCGCCCAGCCAUCUGUGGUUAUGCCUAGCCUAAUCUCUCAAGUGGUCACCACAGAAGUCCAGAGGACCACAGUUUCUAUUGUUCACGAAAGGCCGCCACCACCGGUGCCAGCUCCAAGGGCAAAUGGUGUCCCGAUCUCACUGGAAAAACCUAAACCCCAACUGCCGGCUCCAAAUGGACAGCAUUCGGAGGUGGUCGAUCUUAGGACUGUGAAAGCUGACCCAGAAUCAGACAUGAAUGGCGUGGAUUUGUCUUCUGGCCCGGACUCGAGACUUCAGACCUUUACAACUGAGUCAAGUCGCCAAAGCAGUGCAGUUCAGUCGCCUGUGGUCAACCUGAGUGCUGAAACAUCUACUGUUUCCAUAGUGACCGACAGCAUCACCAUUGUGACUUGCUCCGCCACAAUCCAGCGGUGCGACAGUGUGGACGUCACUCAAGUAUCUUCUAUGCCCCUUCAGUUGACCAAAAACAAAGCAUUCGAACCGGUUUCUCAAAUCAUAUAUAGGCCCAUUGAUUCUCAGCCCUUCACUCACGCUGGUGCAGAGAUCCCUAUUAACCUCUCAGUGGGAGCGAGCACGGGUGGAGGGACCUUUCAAACCACCCCCGUCACUGUCGCACCUGCUGUUGCAAGUUGUGUUGCUAAUGGCUUAACUACAGGCACAACCACCGUGGCAGGAGCUGUUGACCUCACGACUACAAAACCAUUCAACACAGUGGUAUCAGUGGAUGGUUCUUCCACAGAAGUCAUUACAGCUGUAAUGACAGACGAUGACGGCAAGCCAGUGGAUCUGACCGCAGGGAAAAGAGCAGUGUGUUGUGAUGUUGUGUACAAGCUUCCAUUUGCAGGAAGCUGCACCACUCAGCAGCCGACCACACCCUUGCCCGAAGACCGCUUCGGAUACCGCGAUGACCAUUACCAGUAUGACCGGUCGCCCUAUGGCAUGAGAGGGUUUGGUGGAAUUAAACCAUCAAUGUCAGACACUAAUCUAGCAGAGGCUGGUCUGUUCAUUUACAAAAGUAAGAACAGCUAUAAUUUCAGUGGUACGACAGAGGGGGCGGUCGAUCUUACCUCCACAAAGGUUUCUGAUGCAGGUGAAGCUGUUGACUACUCCAAAAAAGGAAUUUACGCAGGAAUGACAAUUCCACCAUAUUCCCAAGCCAGAGUCACAGCUGCUGUUGGUACACUCUUUGGUACAACCAGCGUCUUGCGAUCAUCAAAUGGUGUGGUCUAUUCCUCUGUCGCAGCACCAAUCCCAUCUACAUAUGCAAUUACCACACAGCCUGGAUCCAUCUUCAGCACUUCCUACAACACCCUGUCAGGUAUGCAUACCAGUGACACCAUGCCAUCCUUGUCCAACCUGCAGAACCUGCCACUUACACGGUCCCACAGUUUCCUAUCCACCAUCUCCCUUACUGCCACAGAGGAGCAAAGAGAUGUCCCACUCAACCUGGAGAUCUGUAGUGGCAAUGCUACUGCUGCAGACGCUGUCACCACAGCGACAACCUCUUUGUCUCUUGACUAUACGGAUGCCUCUCUGGAAGCCAUAGCAGCUUCACUGGAGGCUUUGUCUUCACCUAUGGUCCCUGGGGACGGUCAGUAUCAAGCAGAGCGUGAGAGGCUGGAAAUGGAGAAACUCAAACAACAGCGACUGGCUGAGGAAUUAGAAUGGGAACGUCAUGAGAUUCAGCGGUUCCGGGAGCAAGAACAGCUCCUGGUGCAGAAAGAACUGGAGGAGCUGCAGGCCAUGAAGCAGCAAAUCCUGGCACAACAAGAAGAGGAAAGGCAGGCUCACCUUAUGAUGCAGAAAGAAACCUACGCUCAGCAACAGCAACAGCUCGAACAGAUACAGAGACUCCAGGAGCAACUGCGCCUCCAACUGGAAGAACAAAAGCUCCGUCAGAUGUACCCAGGCGGGGACAUGCCAGGGCACGGUUACCAGGAGGCAGUUGUCCUGGGACCCGAUGGCACAGUGCUGUCGCGAAAGAUCACAGAUAGUGGGUGCCAGACAGAUGAAGAGGAUGAAGCAGUCAGCAAAGCUUACACAGCAGGGAGGAAAAAGAGAAGUGCUAAAAAGAGCGUUGACAGCUGUGUGCAGACUGAUGAUGAGGAUCAAGAGGAAUGGGAAGCUCAGACCAGAAGCCGGCAAAGUCGGCCACGUACCGCCAGGGGUGAGAGGGGUGGACAAUCAGAGAUGUCACUCCAAGCUCACACUGAGAUUUCUAUACAAACAGAUACAGAAGGAAACAUUAGAAUGGACACCAGGAUGGAGCUGUCUGACUCGGAAAGGACCUCACCAAAGAGAAGACCAACCCCGUUAGAAAUAGAACAGUCUGCCAACCUCAAAGUAGAUUCCUCUUCCCUUCAAGCCCCACCUAAAUCCCCCAAAGUGCUCUACUCCCCCAUAUCACCUUGUAUAUCACCUAGUAAAUCCCUUGAGUUUGUGUCCUAUGACAAAUCUCUAGGUGACACAAGCCCGCAAAAACUAAGAGGAGGCACAGAUCCAUCAAAAACCUCUCCAGCAAGUCCAAGGGGGUCAAAGGCCAUGCAGAGAUCAAUGUCUGACCCUAAGCCCAUGAGUCCAACUGGAGAAGAGAGGGCAACAUCAGGCACCCAGUGUGGUGACAGCUAUAGUGGGAAAGGCUCGGGUGGCACACCAACAGGCACUCAAAAGAAGGUAAAAAGGACACUCCCCAAUCCACCAUCUGAGGAGGAGUCAACAACGAGUGGCCAGACCGCAUACAGCACCGGUUCUGCCCGCAGAAGAAUGUGCCGCAACUCCAACAUGGCACGAGCCAAGAUCUUGCAGGACAUUGAUCGUGAGCUGGACCUGGUGGAGCGGGAGUCAUCAAAGCUUCGCAAAAGGCAAGCAGAGCUGGAUGAAGAAGAGAAGGAGAUUGAUGCCAAGCUUAGGUACUUGGAGAUGGGAAUUAAUCGGCGUAAAGAUGCACUACUGAAGGAGAGAGAGAAGAGAGAAAGGGCUUAUUUACAGAGUGUUGCUGAGGACAGGGACUACAUGUCAGACAGUGAGGUUAGUAACAUACGUGAAACCAGAGGUGGCCAUGGCGACGGUGAGGAUGAGGAGAUGGAAGGUCAUGGUCUGGAGCGUCCUAGAACAGCUCCUCAGUCAGAACUUGAAGACUUCGUCCCACCUCAAACCAAAAACGAGUAUGGAAAAUACUUGCAAUACCAAUUUCCUCAAAGCCAAUACCAGCAAACUCUCUACCAGGCUCCCCAGUCCUACCAGUCCCAUUCAAUCUACUCCUCCGUCCCCUCCCUCACUAGCUCGCAGCAGCAGAGUUAUCACCAGAUGCUCCUGUUGCAGCAGAAAGCUGCCAGGCAAGCGGCCCUCCUCCAGGAGUUGGAUGCAACUAAGUACGAUGUCAUUAGCCGCCAGCCUGACCCCACAUCAUCCACUUACCUGGGAGUCAAAUAUGACAAAUAUGGCAACCACCUUGACUUGAGAGCUUUGGAGGUGGGAAGUAUAGCAGGUAGCCCCAUGUCAGCUGUGUCUGAUUCUUACUACACAGACGUGGAUCACCAUACACCUCGGAGCUACAUGUUAUUAGAAGAUGCUGCAGAACUGGCUAAAGGCUCCACAAGCCUGUCUUCAUCCUACAGUUUAGCUGAGAGGGAGCUGGCCAAGGCAGAGAAGCUACUGCGAAGGAGUGCUGCAGAUCUGGGCUCUACUGACUAUUUGGGGUCCACUUCCAGGCUUCAUACCUUUGGAAAGACACCGGAUGAAGAGGACACAAUGGAGGAACCCUACGAGCUGAAACUCCUCAAGCAACAGCUAAAGCAAGAGUUCAGGAGAAGCACAGGUGGGACAGAAAACUUAGAACAACUUACUGGUCUCUCACAGCACUACUACACACCUACCACUGGCAUUUCUAGCUAUUCUCAAAGACACUAUCCAAAGACAGAAAAGUACAGCAUCAGUCGACUUACUCUUGAAAAGCAGGCAGCUAAACAACUCCCAGCAUCAAUGUUGUACCAAAAACACAAGACCCCCCUGUUGGACCCUAAAGUCUCCUCCAAGUAUUCUUCUAUUACAGACACCAGAAGUUUAGAGACAGACUAUAGCAGCUAUUUGGGGUCUACCAGUGCAUCCCCGAGAUCCAGUCGGCUCAUGCAGGAUGAGAUUACCUUUGGCCUUCGUAAGAAUAUUGCAGAGCAGCAAAAGUACCUUGGCUCCACCUUGGGCGCCAACCUUGCUGGCUCACUAAAUCUGGGCCACAGCUUGGGUCUGGACUCUGCCUAUCCUAGUGGUAGCCGCUCAAGACCUUCAUCUAGGCCCACAUCUUGCUAUGGUCUAGACUUGUCCAUGAAAAGGGACCCUUCCAGCUCCUCGCUGCGACUUAAAGGAGACGGUGAAGCACCUGGAGAUGGCUCAUCGUACCAAACCCCCUCAGGUCGCACCAAGCCCACCAGCCUUCCUAUUGUGCAAAGUGGGCGUGGCCGCAUACCUAUAGUGGCCCAGAACUCUGAGGAAGAGAGUCCGUUAAGCCCGGUUGGUCAACCUAUGGGUAUGGCCCGUGCCUCAGCAGGACCUUUGCCACCCAUCUCAGCUGAUUCAAGGGACCAGUUUGGUUCCUGCAUGUCCUUACAGGAGUCCCAACAGCAGCAACAUGUCAGGGAAGAACCAACCAGGGGUAGGGGGUAUGUGCUGCUGGAUGACCUUCAGGGCACCAUGUCUGAUAGUGAAGCCCUAAGCGAUUCCCUGAUGGCUUUGAACAGAGACGAUGCAACCAAUGCCUACCACCUCAGGCGCGAGGAGACCGACUGGUUCGACAAGCCCAGAGACGGGAGGCCGGAGAACGGCCAGGAGAAGAGACAGGGAAAAGGCCCGUACUACCCCUUCCCCCACCUCAGGGUCAAGCUGCAGCGAGAUCCCAAAGACCGCAGCGUCUCAGGAAACGGUCUGGGCAUCCGUGUGGUCGGGGGGAAGGAGGUUCCUGGCAGCAAUGGAGACAUUGGAGCUUACGUUGCCAAAGUCCUCCCCGGUGGAGCCGCAGAGCAAACGGGGAAGAUUCUGGAAGGAAUGCAAGUGCUGGAGUGGAACGGUGUUACUCUGACGGGGAAGACCUAUGAGGAGGUCCAGGGGCUCGUUGGACAGCUGUGCACCGAGGCAGAAGUGUGUGUCAGACUUGAUCUCAACAUGCUGGAUGAGCCGGAGGGUUCCCAGCAACUGGAUUUCAAGGAGCACAGCAAAGGGGACCGACCUCCCAGGUCUCCAGGCGUUGACCCCAAGCAGCUGGCGGCUGAGCUGCAGAAAGUGUCCCAGCAGCAGGCUCCCAGCUCCGCCUCCUCCUGCGCCAUGCCCAGCAGCACCUCGGCGACCUCCAGCCCCGGCCAGCCCGGAUCGCCCUCUGUGGGCAAGAAACGCCACAGCAGCAAGGCUGCAGAAGGAGCAAAGACGCAGUCGCACCCCGUCUCUGGAGAGAUACAGCUUCAAAUCCACUACGACAAGCAGCUGGGCAACUUGAUCGUGCACGUGCUGCAGGCCAGAGGCCUCGCCCCGCGCGACAACAACGGCUACUCCGACCCCUUUGUUAAGGUGUAUCUCCUGCCGGGGAGAGGUCAGGUCAUGGUUGUCCAGAACGCCAGUGCUGAAAACAAGAGGAGGACCAAACACGCCGGCAAGAGUGUGAACCCGGAGUGGAACCAGACUGUGAUCUAUAAGAACAUCCACCUGGAGCAGCUGAGGAAGAAGACCCUGGAGGUCAGCGUGUGGGACUACGACAAGGGCUCGUCCAACGAUUUCUUGGGAGAGGUUCUUAUCGACCUGUCCAACACGGCCCAGCUGGACAACGUCCCGCGCUGGCUGCCCCUGAAGGAGCAGAGCGAGGGCGAGCACCACCGGCGCUCGGGCCGCCACGGCGCCUCCAAACCCUCCUCGCUGCACUCCUCGCCCAAGACCGGCGGCUCCUCGCACGACAACCAGGACUCGCCCAAGUCGUCUGUCAGCAAGAGCCGGAGCCACGGGAUCUUUCCUGAUCCAGCCAAGGGCCAAAGAGGCCACUUCUCACUGAGGCACCAGAGGCACAGCGUCGUGGGCGUGCUCACCAUUCAGAGAGCCCAGUCCGACUGGCUGCCGGCCCUGCCAGCGCUGGCGUCGGCCAAAGGGAGCAGAGCAGACGGCAGAUACCUCACCCUCAGGAAAGCCGUGUCGGAAGAGAGGCCGCAGAGCAGCGGAGCUCGGUCCGGCUACAGGUCCGGCGACGCCCCGGUCACGGCCGCCUCGCUGGACAGCGGCCUGAGCGGCAGCGCCUACAGCCUGUUGGAUGAGGACGCCGAGGCCAACGAGGUGGACAGUGCCAUCUUCCAGGUGCCCAGAUUUGGAAAGAUCCCGAAUGGCACCGACGGGAUGAAAUCAGCUCUGGGACACGGUGACCCUGAAGGUAAAUCCCAGGUGAUGGGGGAGAUAAAGAUCGCUCUGAAGAAGGAGAUGAAGACGGAGGGCGAGCACCUGGUCCUCGAGAUCCUUCAGUGUCGCAACAUCACCUACAAAUUCAAGAGUCCGGACCACCUGCCUGAUCUUUACGUGAAGCUCUACGUGGUGAACAUUGCCACGCAGAAAAGGAUCAUCAAGAAGAAGACCAGAGUGUGUCGCCACGACCGCGAGCCGUCCUUCAACGAGACCUUCCGCUUCUGCAUGAACCCCACCGGACACUCCUUACAGCUUUUCCUGGUGUCCAACGGCGGCAAGUUUGUGAAGAAGACGCUGAUCGGGGAGGCCUACGUGUGGCUGGACAAGGUGGACCUCCGCAAGCGGGUGGUGAGCUGGCACAAGCUCCUCGCCAGCACGGCCCAGAUCCACUCGUAGGGGGCGGGACAUGUGAUGGGACGAGGAAUCUCGCCGCGCCGCGCCGCUGCUCCAGAUCUCUGGGUUUCGGGGGUCAGAUGUUUGGGCUUUUGGGGAGGAAGUAGUGGAGGAAGUAGUUUACAGGAAAUAGACACAUGUUUACAGGACGUUGGACGUACGGCAGGGUAGACAGGUGCUGAGGUCAGAGAGUGCGGAAUCAACCAGGUAUUACAAACACACACGCGCAGCAACACAACACACGUCAUACACACCAGAUACAGGGACACGCUUGUAGAGUCUAAUUUAUUUCCAGUAGACGUUUAUUCAUGAAGACAGAUUUUCCUCAUUGAUCCUCAGAGUUUUAUUCAUUUAGCAUUGGGAGGAAAUGAUUAAAGGCUUUUAAAGGAGACCUGCUAUUUAUUUUUGUAUGAUGAGAUCAGCGUAGAGUUCUAUCAUUUCUCUUCUUAUAAAUCUAUCCUGGGAAGCAACCAUAGUAUAUUUUCUAACACGCUUUUAGUUGUUCUCCAUUUUCUGUCACCUUACGUGUGAACAAAGUUCCAUUAUAAUUAUUAUUGUAAAGAUAAAUGAUGGACAUCAAUAUAUAUAUAUAUAUAUAUAUAUAUAUAUAUAUAUAUAUAUAUAUAUAUAUAUAUAUAUAUAUAUAUAUAUAUAUAUAUAUAUAUAUAUAUAUAUAUAUAUAUAUAUAUGAAAUUGGACAUUAUAUAUUGUGCGCAUGAGUCUAUCUGUCUGGUGAGCAGUGCCACAUGUUCUGCACAAACAAAUCACGUUGUAUAUAGUGAAGUGUCAUAACUGGAAAUUAACUAUAACAUAUAUAAAUAUAUAGAUAUCUUUAUCGGAGACAAUCGAGUCCUGAUGAUUGUGUCAUAGAGGUUUUAUUUCCAUGACGCCCCGUAGAGUGUGACCUGCUUUCGUUCGCGCGUCUGUGCUGUUUUGCACUUUCCCUGCUCAGAAUGUAAGAAACAAACUGACAUGACUGACGUAGACCGACGAAGAGGAGGGGUCCCAUCAGCCGAGCAACGCUCACCCGCCACUAACUAGGUGUGAAAACACGGACCGUAGCACGUCCAUGUGUGGUCCCGGCCUCGCCGCGUCGUCACCGCUCACGCUCCAAACCGUCGUCGUGUCCUCUACGAGUCCGCUGUGUCGCAGAGCGCGUCCCGUGUGCUAGCGCAGGGUCAAAGGUCAGGGCGGUCCACUCAGCAUCUACUAGCAGACGCUACAGUACGUUUAAUAUCGGAGUGAUUUCUAUGCAACAUCUAAGUAACUCUUCUGCAUCUUGACUUUGCCGGACGCUCCGUGGGAGAGAAAACCUUCGAUUUUAAUUUUGCUGCUACGUUUCCACAUCCGCCACCAAAUGGUUGCUGCUUUAAUGGGGUUCAUUUUGUCGUUUGUUAUUUUGUAACGCUUUACGAGUCUUUAUUUAUUGCCUGUGAGACUACUUCACGUGUAUUAUAUUUGUUUACAGGUGUACAGAGAAGAAAUCUUGCUUUUAUAAACACUAUUGCUUGUUUACAAGGUUUAGAGGCCUGAAACUCAGAGAACCAACUUUGAUUUUUUCGUCCGCGUACACGAACACUCGCUCGACGUGUAUGAUUUCGGUCCUUUGAUUGUUUUCCCCAUUCGUGUAAUAGAAAUGACCAAACAACUAAAAAGUAUUGUAAUCGGUGGAUGUUAAAUCGAGUCGGUGUGUUUUUUGGUUUGACCUCAUACUCUCCCGCCCCGUGCUCGUGUGCAUAGCAUCGUCAUAUCAAGUCCGUGCAUGUCAUUGGCUCUGAUGCAUAUCUCUUCCUUUCAAUGUCGUCCGUCUCUACCGAAGAGAGAGUUUCUCGUAACACACCAACAGUCACACACGCUCACACGCUCACACCGACACACACGCAGCGGCCAUCUCUUUAUUUCCAGCCUUGUAAAUACAUAGCGUCUUUUUAUACUGGGGUCUGGGGAGCAAUAGGUCUUUUAGCAGACACAAAAGUAUGAUGAUAGGAGUCGCAGGUGUUCUUCUCUCCGUCGGUGUACAGUGGACGGACCGAGAGGCGACCCGUCCUGUCCGUCUGAUGGGAGCCCGAUUCAACCCGACCCUGUGCACCAAACACGGACGCCUGACUUAUCUUAACAACUCGAGUAGCUGCAGGAGAAUUUAAAUGUGCUCACACUGGAUGUUGCAUGUUUCGUUGGUGGUUCAUUCUAUUUUUGUGUCCAGAUAUAAUUAAAAGAAAAAAAGAGUGAGGUAGAUGGAAAAGCUCUAGAACAAAACGCUAUUGAUUAGGGGGAGACAUAACACUUAUCAAUGAUGUAUGCUGACUGUACAAAGAUUAUGCUUGUAAAACCCGUCUGGUUUUUCACUUGUAAGUAAACAGAAAAAAAAAACUCUACUGUCAUGGUUUCGUGAUUGUAUACAGGAGGUAUUGAUAAAUUAUGCAAAUUGUGCUGUAAAAAUGGCUGUUGCCCCAUGUCUAAACAUUAAAUAUCAGUACAAAUGAA